AAGUGUUUACAAGUUUUGAGAAGAAAAAAAGAAAAAAAAAAACAAAACUGAUAAGACGAUCAAGAAAACUAAGUGCAACGCGAGUGACUUUUGAUUUUUUUUCUUCGGUCAGAAUUUUGAACUUCGGCGUACUUGAUUUGGGAUUAAAACAAAUAAAGUGCAACCCUGACGUUUUCACCGGGGGAUUUUCAUUUCUUUCUUUUUGUUUUUUUUUUCCUUUUCUUUUCUUUUGUAUUCCUUCUUCUUCUCGGACAAGAUUUUUGUUGGUCAAGUUAUUUUAUACGUCGGAGAUACCACGAUUAGAAUUAACGAGAGAAUCGUUGUCGGGGCAUAGCGAUUUCCGUUAUUAGGAUUCCUCGAGCGAAACGUAGAGCAGAACAAACGUUGAGUGAGAAAACGAGAAUACGAGAAAGAGAAAAAGAAAGAGAAAGAGAAAGAGAUUUAGAUCGAGAGACCUAGAGAUCUUAAGAGAUCGACUAAGAGAAAGAAGGAUAGGAAACUGAAUGCAUCGAGGUCGGGAUACAUAUAUCGUAGACAAUCGAGUGCAACGCUGUUAUUUUUCAAAUCGCGUGCGUUACACUACGCCUCCUAUCGAAACGCAUCGUCCGUAACAUUAGAGGUACACCCUGGGCGUUAUGCGAGUAUGGCCAAUCUUCAACUCCGUUGAACCAACAACAACAACUUCGAUUCAAGCAUCAAUAACAAAAAAAUGGUCUAUAGAGGUAGCUUGCAAACAGAUGAUCCAAGAGAUGCACCGAAAUUGGUCAGAAUGUCGCCACUUAGAACGAGCAGACCCAACGGUCCAGUUUACAACACUUUCGGAACUUCAACGCCAAUUAAAAAUGUUUGUCACGGACCUUACAUCGGACCUAUCGAUGCAAACCGUGCUAAACUUAUCGAGGAGAGACGAUUAAGUCGUGAAAGAGACAUCGAAUCAAUGGAGAAAGUGAUUAUGAGGACAACUGGAUUAAAAGUAGGUGCACCUAAGCUUCGUAAUAUCAGUCAAAUACGAGAAAGCGUGUUCGUUGAUCCGGCAUUGAUGCCGAUGGGUCAGAUCGGUAGAUCUGAUGUUCGAGGUCGUCCAAGAACCAUCGCGAUUGGAUUGGAAGAAUCUAACGGUAGAGUUUCUAGAGUUCAAAGUUCAAUGUUGGCUGAUCUGAAAGACCUGGAACGACUUCGGAAUACUCCGCCAUCUCAAAGGAACGUGAAAACUACGAAGAAAUUGGAUAAACCUGAGAUUAGAAGUUCUAUGACAAAUUUGAAAAAAAAUUCAACAGGAAAUCCGAAUAAAAUUCGAUCGGAUAUUAUGAAAAUACAACAGAUGUUCCAGAUUCCUGAUAAUAAUACCAAACCGGAGGUUAGGAUUUCUCAAGAGAGGAAGUCGAGGGUCGAGCACGAGAAGGAUGAUAAAAAGUUGGCUGGGGAGAUCAACAGGACACGUUUGCUGGCCCAAAAGCUCUUGGAGGCGUCUCGAAAUAACCGAGACGCGUUGAAGGAUCGUUAUGGUAAUACCAAGAACGCGUCCUCGAACAAACAACUACAAACGAAGGAAGUUAAUGGUAAAGCUCCCUGUAAGAGUACCACCAUUCAAGAAAAAAAUCUUGACUCGAAGCAACCCAAGACCAAGACCAAGACCAAGACCAAGACUACACCAGUAACUAUCACGACAACGACGACGACUGAGAAAAUUGAAACGAGUUUGAACGAACCGCAACCACGACCACCAAUUCGUAAAAGAAGAGACUCGAGGAGUCGAGUUAACGAUGAUACUCAAGUUAAUCCUUUGGAAGAAGAUCUUGAUGAUAUUUCGAAACAUUCGUUGAGUUUGUCCAAAGGAUUCGACAACAAUUGUCAAAAUAAUUCGAAAUUUGUACAAGGAUUGGAUAGGCCGGAUAUAUUGGAUGGACUUUUGAAAGAAUCCGAUCAACAGCUGGAGGAUUUGAAAAUGGAUUUAGGGGAAAGGGGAAGAUCGAGAAGUCAUUGGAGGGGAUUUAUACAAUCGAUGAGAUUACACGACGUCGAAUUACAUUCGGAUAGCGAGGAUCAACGAAAAGAUCUUAAUUUGUGGAACAAGAGUAUCAGUCAACGUUGGAGGAAACUCAGAAGACGAUGUUCCGUACAGGAAACAUCCGAACCACAGGAAUCGUUGAUACCUGGUGGUGGAGCUCAAGGUGUUAUACACACUGUAAGAUCAACCCCGGCUAGCAGGGAAGCCUCACCGGCUGCUAAAAGUCUUCAGGAUGGUAGCUCGCCGAAAAAAUUACUCCAAACUAGUUCCCUCAGACUGCCAGGCACUACGAAAGGCAUAGCAGAUAUUCAAAACGUAUUGCGAAGCAAAUUCAGUAAGAUAAAUGCUGGAAUUAGAAAAAGAAAAGCGCUGAGCGUGACCGAGGUAUUUUCGCAGAAAGACAAUGCUUCGAAUUUUUAUGUUCCGAGUCCGUUGACUUCAUCGACUAGUCAAAGUUUCGACUCGUCUGAACGUUUCGAUUCUAGCGAACCAACGUCCUUACCACCAUAUCCUUUCCACGAUACAUUAGAAACCUUAGCAGAGACUAGUGUACCGAAUUCACCUAACUGCAAGAGUCCUUUGGCUGAUGGUUGUCCAAGUUUCGGGUAUUCGGAGAACACGCCCAGUUCUUACGAUCAUCAAAUAAUUCAUGAUAAUCAUGAUAAAAAAGAUGUUUACGAAAACGUGGUAUACAACAAUUCAACGUCAAGUCCCUCGACAAGGUCAAAGGUUUCACUAUAUCGAAGUAAUUCAGAAAGUCGUGACAAUAUCAGACACCAGGAUCAUUCCUACGAGAACGUGCGUUUUCACAGAGGACACAGAUCAGAAGUUGAUUCACCUGGUAGUCCUUAUUGCGAUAGGCAAACCUUAGCAAGAAGUAAUUCCGAGACGAGAGAUCAUCAUUGUUACGAGAACGUACAUUUUCAAAAGAAUGGUAAAACUAGGAAUCAAUCGGAUUCGUCUUUCGAAACUAUUCAUAUACCAAGAGUAACCCCAAGAAAAAGAAUCACGGAUUUCAAGGUUGGAGGACAAGUGAGCAAUUAUUCGGCCGAUUCAAGCGCCACCUCUAUCGUUGGCAAGGAUGAUGGACCCUCCAGUCUUGGGACUGAGAGGAGUCCCGGGAAGAAGCCUACGAGGAGGUUGAAUAGUCGAAGUGUGGCUAAUAUUCCUAGCUCAUCUGGUGCUAAUUUAAAGACUUGGCAAGGCGCUCAAGACACGGAUGAAGGUCUGAACACAGAUUCCGAAUUGGAAGAUAUAGACGAGGCUGGUGAAGGUGAAGAAUCAAGAUUCUGUACGUUACCAAGGCCUGGUAAAAGUGGUGCAUCCUUUACGAUAUUGACAGCCAGAUUCUUCAAAGGACCUGGUCAUAAGGGACUCGGUUUUAGCAUCGUCGGUGGUACCGAUAGUCCACGUGGAAAUAUGGGAAUUUAUGUUAAAACUGUUUUCCCUAAUGGUCAAGCUGCUGAUCUUGGAACUGUCAAGGAAGGGGACGAAAUUUUGUCAAUAAAUUCGAAACCCCUUCACGGGAUGACGCACGCCGAAGCAAUUGCAGAGUUCAAAUCCGUCAAGGCUGGAGACGUGGUUCUUCACGUUGGUCGUCGAGUUAAUAAAAAAAAACGUGAAUCAUUGACGUUACCUCCGGUUGGUCCACCGGCACCUCGGCAACCGAUCAAGUGAAAGAAAAAUUCCAAUAAUUUCGGUUUUUUAAGUUGAUCUAAAAAAACGUCGAGAAGUUUAAGUGAUAUUUUGUUGACUACCCUAAUCUAUUUGUAAGAGGAAUUUUUUUCUAGGAACAUUAUCUUUUUUUAAUUAUAAACUGUUUUUCUUUGUAUUUUUUUUUUAUCAUCAACGAUGGCCAAGAAUAUUAAUUGUUGUAUUUUCUUUUUUUUAUUAUCGUACAAAGCAAUAGCGUUUAUUAUUGCUGGCAAUAAUAGAGAACUGUGGCCACCACCCUCUCCCCCCCCACGUCUGUUUUGCGACAGAUUUAUGUAGAACAAAAAAAAAUAACAAAUUACCGUUGAUACAACAACGACUGCGAUUUAUGCAGGCUGGAAGACUGUACGUGUGCUUUUUAUUUUUUUUCUUUUUUUUUUUUUUUUAUUAAAUCUUAUCGGAAAGUAAAAAAGAAAUAUUUAAAGCUUCGCGUUUGACGUAAAUUUAGUAAUUCUCUUUGUUUUAACUUUCCUUAUGUGAAUGAUUUAAUUAACUCGAUCAUUAUUCUACUGAAUAGUUCGUGGAUGAUUCAAAAUGUUAUUUUCCACGUGACUGGAGUUAAUUAUAACGACGAAUACGAGUGAUGCAAACCAAACGAAUAAAAAAAAAAAAAAUUACCAUAAAAUAAACAUCAAAUUAUGAUAACGACAUGUAAUCUUGAGAGACAUACUAAUCUUUAACGAUCAUUUAUAUAUCGUCUAUUUAUAUUCGGAAUUAUUAACGAAAUCAAAGUUAGUAUUUAAGAAUCAAAGAUCAAAAUUAAUGAAAACAAAAAAAAAAUUUUGUCUCUUUCACUCUCUUUAUCUCUUUGUCUCUCUAAAUAUUUUUUCAUAUAUAGCUACACACACACACACACAUAUACUCACACAUACAUAUCUUCAUAAAUUGACCUAUCGUAAGAAUUUAGAAAAAAAAUAUUUCUAAACGAAGAGAUUCUUUUUCAUACGAGCAAUGAACAAAUGAACUGAAUGAAAUACAUUUGAUUGUCGAUCGUAAUUAAUUAAAAAACGGGGUUGUUUAUUUUUUGAUAAGGAAAAAACAUCGAAGAGACGAGAGAAGAAGAUUUUUUUUUUUUAUAAUAACUUAUUAGAAAGAUUAGCGAAAGAAAUUAUUAUUUUUCGAUGACGCUUUUGCGAAGCUAUAAAAGUGGCAAGGAAAAAAGAAGAAACGAUAAAAAAAGAUUUUAAAUGUACUGGGAGUGUGUGCAAGAAUCCUACUAAACGCGAUAAAAUAAUUUUUCUAUUAUAAAAUUCAAAGUUUUUAUUUUAUUUUAAUUGAAUGCCGUAUAUACACACACACACACAUCUUUUUGUAUUUUGUAAAAAUUAAAUAUUACGAACGUGUUAUAAAAAUAUUGUAAACAUUGGAAAUCCAAAAAAAAAAACAAACAAAUGAUAUAACAACGAUCAAAAUGAAACAAUUGUUAUAUGUCAAAUUCUUGCAUGCACGUUGGAAAAAAGAAUUACAAAUGUAUAUCACUUGAUUUUUUUAUUUUACUGGAACCUGAACGAAACAGGACAGAAAAAAAAAUAUCAUCGAGGAGAAAAAAGAAAAAAGUAAAAGAAGAAAACGCGCUUUAAAGCAAACUCAUAUGCGUUCGUAGGCGUAUUUAAAAAUAUAUGCAAUAAUAAUUCUAUGGAAUUUAUUUUUUAACGGUAGAUUACGCAAAGAUCGCCCAAAGAUGAAACCCAAAAAAUAUUUUUAUUACUAAUGGAAAAUAAAUGAAAAAAAAAACAAAGAGAAAAAACAUAGCGUAUAUAGAAGAAGGAAAA